AUUUCCUCGCUGUGUUUUCCUCACAGCGAUCAGCAUGAACACCAACAGAACGACGAUCGUGCCGUCCUGAAGCGUUUCACUUCCUUUUUUCUCCUGACUGAGCUGCUGCUGCUGCUGCUGCUGUGAAGCAGGACGGCUCUUCACCUCCGUCUGCACCAGCUUUUCUUCCAACCACGAGACGAGUCACCGCGUUACCUGCACAUGGCGCCCUGGUGGCUGAGCUGCAGUACUGCAGUGUUUCUCCUUCUGGUCCACGUCGGCCCGGUCGGCUCACAGUCCUGUGGCGCUCCGGGGAUUCCUGGGAUACCCGGCACCCACGGGCUCAACGGGAUGGACGGCCCCAAGGGAGAGAAGGGAGACCCAGGUGAGGACGGUCAGCCUAUCAGGGGCCAGAAGGGGGAACCGGGUCCGAUGGGCCCCCCGGGACGGCCCGGGAUGAAGGGUGACAUGGGUCUACCGGGGCGCCCGGGGGAAAGAGGCCGGCCCGGGGAGAAGGGGAGAGCCUUCAGUCCCUCAAACCAACAGAAAUCCUUCUUCUCCUACAAACGGAUGAUAUCUCAAGUACCAGAGGUCGACACUGCCAUGGUCUUCAACAGUCCGAUCCUGCCCGACCUGGAUCAACAGUUUCAAGGUGAAUCGCUGACAAACGGAACAUUCACGUGUGUCGUCAAAGGGAUCUAUUUCUUCAGUUACCACGUUUCAGCGCGGAGCAGAGUGUGUCUGCGGCUGAUGAAGGGCAGCGACGGUCACAUGACGAUGUGUGACACGUCCGAAGGUUUCCUGGUCACCUCCGGCUCGGCGGUGCUGAACCUGGAGGUCGGAGACACGGUGUCAGUGGAGGCGACCAGGUACAACAGCAUCGUCACGAGCCAGAGCAGCACCAGCCACAUCUUCACCGGCUUCCUGAUCUUCCCCACCGCCUAAAGCCUCAGAUCCAUGACAUCAGUGUUACGUGAUGACAUCAUAACCCCACAGACUUUUUGAGGUUAUUUUAAGGUCGAUUAGAUGAAAUAUGUCUCCUGUAACAGUACGAAGAUCAGCAGAAAUAACAAUGGAUCAAUGUUUUUGUAUGUUUUAGCCCAUUAACAACAGAUAAUGUGUACUUCCCAAAAACUUCCAGCAGCUUUUGGGUUAUUUUAGAACAAUAAAUCCAUCGUAGUGAACAAUUCAUCAGCUUCAUUCAGCUGUUUUCUUACAUUUUAAAAGUAAACAGAACUUCAGGGUGUCAUGGUUGUUCUUUUCCUGCUUUAUUUUGUAGGUUUUAUCCUCGUGUCAUGUUUUGCGUUACACUUCCUGUCUUUGUCUUUUCCCUGUCUGUGUUUCAUAUGUUAAUGCAGCUUGUUGAAUAAAGUUUGCUUGUGUUUGUUC